UUUACACAUGAAGACUGAUCAAUUAACCUACUGCUUUUGGCCUUUAAAACACUGCAGUUGUCGUUAUAUAGUGUUAAAAAAAAUAUGCAAAGCAAGUUGGUGUUUAUCCAGUGAUGCAUUUCUUGUAAAAUAUUCCUUAUUCUAUUUGGCACUUGAGUCUUGACUCUCGCUUAAUCUCCUUGCAGCAUAUUUAAGUACACCAUGAGAAGAGAAGAGAAGCUCAGUUGAGCACACUUUGCUAACAUCAUGGCAACCCCCCAUCAGCCUUUGCUAGACGGUAAUCCCAAAAGAAAAACCUCCCUGUGGAAAUCUUUCUGUCUUUUUCUCUCUGCAGCUGCAAUCGUAGGCUCAAUUACUCUAGUUACAACAAGGCUAAGCAAUCCCAAAUCUUAUAAUCCUCCUCUAUCAGCCCAGAUUUGCGAUCCAGCCCUCGACCGGGUCUCAUGCUGGGCCAUGGUAUCAGAAGUUGCAUCAGGGAAUACGAUGCAAAUGAAAAGCGUAGAUUUACUGCAGAUGUUCCUGGAAAAAUCCACAUCACACAUACAGGACGCAAUGGAGAUGGCGAGCAGUGUCAGCCGUCGGAUUAAUGACCCGAAAGAGCAAGCGGCUAUAGCAGAUUGCCUAGAGUUGAUGGAUCUUUCCGUUGACAGGGUGAUGGGCUCUAAACUAGCUCUUGGGAAGCGAACAGCCCAUUUCCACUCGGAUGCCCAUUCCUGGCUCAGCAGUGUACUCACCAACCACGUAACGUGUUUGGACGGGCUGAAUGGCCCAGCCCGGCCCAUGAUGGAGCCUAAGCUGAAAGACUUGAUGGCAAGAGCAAGAGCCUCUCUAGCCAUGGUAGUAGCAGUGACACCUCCACCGGCUGAUGAGGUGGUACAACCACUUAAUGGGAAGUUUCCACGGUGGGUCACAAGCAGGGACCGAAAGCUGUUGGAGGCUCCGGCUAGGGACAUCGUGUCUAAUGUGGUGGUGGCCACGGAUGGGAGUGGGAACUAUACAUCUGUCGGUGACGCGGUGGCCUCUGCACCGAACAAGGGGAAGACUCGCUAUGUUAUCUACGUGAAGGCGGGAACAUACAAUGAAACUGUUCGGAUAGCAAAGGCCAAGACGAAUUUGAUGCUCGUUGGUGAUGGCAUGAAUUUGACGAUUAUCACCGGUAGCUUGAAUGUUGUGGAUGGCUCAACAACCUUCAAUUCUGCAACAGUUGCUGUUGUUGCCGAUGGAUUCAUAGCCCAAGACAUCUGGUUCCAGAACACCGCCGGGCCGCAGAAGCAUCAAGCAGUGGCAUUACGAGUCGGAUCUGAUCAAUCGGUCAUAAAUCGUUGCCUCAUCGAUGCCUACCAGGACACUCUGUAUACAAUCAGCAACAGGCAAUUCUACAGAGACUGCUAUAUUAUUGGCACCGUAGACUUCAUAUUCGGCAAUGCAGCCGUAGUAUUUCAAAACUGCCAAAUUGUGUCCAGAAGGCCAAUGAGCGGACAAUUCAACACUGUAACGGCCCAAGGCCGAACCGACCCGAACGAAAACACCGGAACUUCAAUCCAAAGCUGCAAUAUAACGGCGAGCUCUGACUUGCAGCCUGUGAUAGGGACCAUAAAGUCAUAUUUGGGCCGACCGUGGAAAGAGUAUGCCGUGACUGUUGUCAUGCAGUCUUACAUUGGCAGCCUUAUCGAUCCAACAGGAUGGGCGCCGUGGAGUGGGGAUUUCGCUUUGAGCACAUUGUACUACGGCGAGUACAUGAACAAUGGGGCCGGGGCAGGAACUAGUGAUCGGGUCGCGUGGGAGGGUUAUCAUGUCAUUACCGAUGCUGCUGUAGCUGCGAACUAUACUGUGGCUCAGCUGAUACAAGGAGGGUCAUGGUUGCAGUCCACUGGGGUAACCUAUACUGAAGGCCUGUGAAUUAGUCCAUCCCUCUUUAUCUACGGUGGCUUGUCUCUCGUGGUCUACGCUACAUCCCAAUAAUUUGUAGGAUCAGUUUGCAACAUGUUUUGGUAUUGUUGCUCCCUCAAUGUUCUCUUAUUGUGUCAUGCUGUCAUUUCCCUUUGUGCAAUGAAAUAAAUCGGACGUUUUGCUA